AUGGCGAUCGGAACACUCUUUCUGUUCUCCCGCCGCCGGAGAGACGAGGGGGAGGAGGAAGAGGAGGAGGAGGAAGAUGAUGUCUCGGACGCGGAGAGCCUUGGUCAAGCUCCUGCAAACGGAAUCUCCUUCCACGAGGAGGCCAUUCGUCGCCUGGCCUCCAUCUCGACGGGCGUCACCGCACUAAAUGCUGCAAAUCAAAACCUAACGAAUGACUUGAUUGAAGCAAUAUUAAGUGUGAGAGAAGUGAAAGAAGGAAUGGGUGUUGAUGUUUGUAUAGAUAGGGUUCUUUCCGUGGCGAGAGUGCGUAUGGCUGAGUUUGUUUUUUGGAUGGUUUGGAGGGCAGCCUGGUUGCUUCACCGCAUGUUCGUACUGAGCCUAAGAGAGGCCGCCGCAGGCUUCGGGGCCAUGUCCGCUGCCAGCUUGUUAACUGCGGGCCUUGGGCGUUCGCGUCUCUUUUUGAAGGGACCAGGCACUAGUGCUGCCCGAACUCUGAUUAUUAAUUUGAAUGACUAUUCCCUUGACCUAGCGGUAGCUCCCUCAUAGAGAACCGUCACGCCAGCUCUACCUGUGGAACGUCUGGAAAAACGUUGACAGCUAAGAGAUCACGUACCAACCGACAAAUAGCCCUACCUGGGCAGGAAACAUCGACUUAACGUCACUGGGCAAACUGUUCGUUUCUAAAGCGGUUUAUUUGACAUGACGAAAGUUCUUAUUGAACUGUUAUAUCAAUAUAAUGGGAAACACUAAU